AUGGCUACCGAAGGCGACUCCCCCGCGCGACCCCGCGUCUUCUUCGAUAUCUCGCUCGGCGGCAAGCCCGUUGGCCGUAUCACCAUGGAACUCUAUGCCGACCUUGUACCCAAGACUGCUGAGAACUUCCGUGCUCUCUGCACCGGCGAAAAGGGCAUCGGCAAGUCAGGAAAGCCCCUGCACUACAAGGGCUCCAUCUUCCAUCGUGUCAUCAAGCAGUUCAUGAUCCAAGGUGGUGACUUUACUGCUGGUGACGGUACCGGCGGAGAGUCCAUCUACGGCAACAAGUUUGACGAUGAAGCUUUCCCCAUGAAGCACGAGAAGCCUUUCCUCCUGUCCAUGGCCAAUGCUGGUCCCAACACCAACGGCUCCCAGUUCUUCAUAACCACCGUUCCUACCCCUCACCUCGACGGCAAGCACGUCGUCUUUGGCGAGGUACUCAACGGCAAGUCCGUCGUUCGACAAAUCGAGAACCUUACCACCCAGUCCGGCGACCGGCCCGCAAAGGAGGCUCUCAUUGCCGACUGCGGCGAGCUCAAGGGUGAUGCCGCCGUCGCCGCCGACGUGAAGCAGCCUGACGCCCUCGGCGACCCAUACGAGGACUUCCCCGAAGAUUGCACAGACACCCUUGACGCCGUCGCCAUUGUUAAGAUCGCCACGGCCUGCAAGGAGUACGGCAACACUGCCUUCAAGUCAGGCAACUAUUCUCUCGGCCUCGACAAGUACCAGAAGGGCCUGCGCUACAUUAACGAGGAUCCUGACCUUGAGAACCAACCACAGUCGAUCAAGGACGACCUGAAGGCUCUGCGCUUUUCCCUCAACAACAACUCGGCGCUUCUGAACAUCAAGCUGGAGGCCUGGGACGACGCUGCUCGCUCCGCUUCUUCUGCCCUGGACGUCGAAGGCAUUAAGGACGCCGACCGUGCAAAGGCUUUCUACCGCCGUGGCCUUGCCAACAUCCGCCUCAAGGACGAGGAGGCUGCUCUGCGUGACCUGAGUGAGGCUAACACGCUUGCGCCCAACGAUAGCGCCAUCACCCGAGAGCUCAACGCCGUCCGAACCAAGGCUGCUGCUCGCGCUGCCAAGGAGAAGGCUGCCUACAAGAAGUUCUUCGCCUAA